CAGGUGCUGAGGUGAUAGAUUAUUACUAUAACAAGACGGAGAAUGAGAGUUUUCUUGGGAAUGUUUUUUGGUUAUUUUCUGCUGGCGCUAGGACCCACUUUAGUUAGAAGUCAAGGUCACGUGCUGGAUAAGCCCGUAACUGAGCUGUGUCUCACUUGUAUUUGCGAGGCAAUCAGCGGCUGCAAUGCCACGGCCAUUUGCACGAGUCCGGAGAAGGGAACCUGUGGCAUUUUCCGCAUCACCUGGGCCUACUGGGUGGAUGCGGGAAAACUGACGCUGAAUGGCGAGGAUCCAGACUCGGAGAACGCCUUCCAGAACUGCGCCAAUGAUCCGCACUGUGCCGCUGAUUUGGUGCAGAAUUAUAUGAAAAAAUUUAAUCAGGAUUGCAAUGGGGACGGCGAAAUGAAUUGCCAUGAUUAUGCCAAAAUCCACAAUUUGGGGGCCUAUGGCUGUCAAGGAGAAUUGACUUUUGAUUAUCAGAGUGCUUUUGAGGAGUGUAUCGAGAACUACCAGGACCAGGGUUUUGAAUAAUGAGAAAUAUGUGUUUUUUAUAGUGUUUAUAAAGUUUAUAAAGAUGUUUAUUAAUUUUAAAAAAUUGUUUAGGCCUUUUUUCCGAGGAAUUUAAUCUUUAAAUAUGUAUGCAAAUCUACUUAUAAUUUGUAUGUUAAAUAAAUAUUAGCCGGGAAUCGCCCCUGCUGUAGCACUAGA